AUGCAAAAUUACGAACUAUUAGAGAAGUUGUAUGAAUCAAAAACGACUGUAAUUCAUAAGGUUAGAGAUGUCAAAGAUAAUAAUAUUUAUGCAAUGAAAGAAUUCAUGGGUUUCCGUUUAAAUGAAAUCUAAUUAAUCAAACAAUGUUAAAUUCCUUUUGUUAUUAAAAUAAAGGAAGCUUUUCUUUUAGAUGAAAAUGUAAUUGUAAUUAUGGAAUAUGCAGAUCAAGGAAAUCUGAAACAAUUCAUCGGACAUCAUUAAGGUGUUAAUAUUCAAGAGAGAGUAAUUUGUAAAAUUCUGAUUCAACUGACCUUUGUUUUAAUAUACCUAAGAGAAAAUCAAAUAUGUUACAAGGGAUUAAAUCCUGAAAAUAUUUUGAUACAUUAAGACUAAGUUAGACUUGCUGAUUUUGGAAUAGACAAUUUGAUUUAGCUUUAAAAACCAAGUUAUAGGCCUCCAGAAUUAUUGUUUCACAAUAAGUAUUCAUACAAAUCGGUGAUGUAUUAAUUCGGACUGAUCUUAUAUGAGUUGACUACACAGAGACCCCUUUUUAAAUUUGAACUAAUUGAAUAAAUAAAGGCUGUCAUUCAUAAUGGAGGAGCAAUUGUAAAAUUGCCGUAGUUUUAUUCAAAAUAACUUCGAUUUAUUAUUAAAAACUGCCUUGAACUCCAAGAAUCAGAGCGACUCGAUAUCCGUCAAUUAGUUCAUAAUGAAAAUUAUAAAUUUCUACUCAGCCAAAAGUACAUGACAUUUACAUUUGAAUAAUAAAGUAUCUUUGACACAUGGUGCAAUAUUUAAUCAUCAAAUGAAUAACUAAUUAGUAUUGGUAUUCCAAAAAAUGAGACUGAAAAUAAAGAACGGUAAUCCAAUUACACUGCCCACACUUAAGAGAUCAAAUAAAUCCAUUAAUCAAUAAUUAUAGAAACAAAGGUUUAAAAUACGAAAGCAAUAUACAAAUCAAAUCUUCAAAGAUAAUAAGAUGAAAUAAUGAGUCUAAGACCUUUGUCCUCUUAAACAAAUAUGACUCAAUCAAAUCCCGCGUUAAAAACUAAUAACCUUUUUGGUAAGUACAAUUUAGCUGUUUAUAGGAAUAGGAAAGUAAAAUCUCCUAUUCAUAAAGCAUACUAAAGUGAUUAAUUUUUUAAAGCGAAUAAUUUAGAUGCGGAACUUAAACCAGAAGAUAUGUUGAAAAAUCUUAUUAAAAUGAAAAUGGAAUAGUGCAUUGAAACUAUUGGAAAAGAAGAAACUGUCCAAACAUUGGAAUUUCUAAGAUAAGGAGGAUCUAUAAAAGAGUUUCUUUCUAAAUAUCAAGAUUCAAAACAUCUUUGCAUAGCAAAACAUAUGUAAGACAUUAUUUCGUUUUCUUAAAUAUGA